AUGACGCUCGACUUGGCCGCGUCGCGGUCCCUCCCCGAGCGCAUCUCGUUCCCCGACGAAGAGCUCAAGAUCCUCGACCAAUGGGCGCAGCUCGACGCGUUCCAGAAGUCGCUCGCGCUGUCGAAAGACCGGCCGCCGUUCACGUUCUACGACGGGCCGCCGUUCGCCACGGGACUGCCGCACCACGGCCACAUCUUGGCGGGCACGAUCAAAGACACGGUCACGCGCUAUGCGCAUCAGACGGGGCACUACGUCGAGCGUCGCUUUGGCUGGGACUGCCACGGACUGCCCAUUGAGAACGAGAUCAACAAGAAACUCGGCGUCACGACAAAGGAACAGGUGCUCGACAUGGGCAUUGGCACGUACAAUGCCGAGUGUCGCAGCAUUGUCCAGCGCUACACGGGCGAGUGGGAGCGCGUGGUCAAGCGCAUUGGCCGCUGGAUCGACUGCACGAACGACUACAAGACCAUGGAGCCGUGGUACAUGGAGUCUGUCUGGCACGUCUUCCGCACGAUCUUUGACAAGGACUUGGUCUAUCGCGGCUACAAGAUCCUGCCCUACUCGACGGCCUGCACGACGUCGCUGUCGAACUUUGAAGCCAAUUUGGACUACCGGGACACGCCCGACCCGUCGGUGAUUGUCAACUUCCCGCUCGUCGAGGACCCGCACGUAAAGCUCUUGGCGUGGACGACCACGCCAUGGACACUGCCGUCCAACUUGGCGCUCUGUGUGAACGAGGCGUUUGCGUACGUGAAGAUCAAAGACGUGCCGACCGGCAAUGUGUACGUGCUCGCUGAAGCACGGCUGUGUCAAGUGUACCCCAAGAUGACCAAGAAGGGCUACAAAGGCGGCGAGUUUGAGGUGCUCGAGACGUUCAAAGGAGCGGCGCUCGUUGGCAAACAGUAUGUGCCGCUGUUCGACUGCUUUCAGGACUGGCCGAAGGCUUUCCGCGUGCUGUCCGACGACUACGUCUCUGACUCGGGUGGUACGGGCAUUGUCCACCAGGCCCCUACGUUUGGCGAAGACGAUUACCGCGUCUGUGUGCGCGAAGGCGUGGCGGACAAGUUUACGCUGCCGGACCCGCUCGAUGACAAUGGUAUCUUUACCGACGCUGUGCCGCUCGUCAAGGGGUUGCACGUGAAGAAGGCGGACGACGUGAUUUGCCAGGACCUCAAGACCCGUGGACGCCUCGUGUCGAAGGGAACUGAAGUGCAUAGUUACCCGUUCUGCUACCGUUCAGGCACGCCGUUGAUCUACCGAGCCAUCCCCGGUUGGUUUGUCAACGUCGAGCGGAUCCGCGACCGCAUUGUGGCCAACAAUAAGCUCACGUCCUGGGUGCCCAGCUUUGUGCAGGAGAAGCGGUUCCACAACUGGCUGGUAGAUGGCAAAGACUGGAACGUAUCGCGGGGUCGGUUCUGGGGCACGCCGCUGCCGCUGUGGGUGAGCGAGGACUACGAAGAGGUGGUGUGCGUGGGGUCGAUCGCCGAGCUGGAGGAAUUGACGGGCGAGAAGGUGACCGACUUGCACCGCGAAUUCAUUGACCACUUGACGAUCCCGUCCAAGCAAGGCAAGGGCGUGCUCCGCCGCGUGCCCGAGGUGUUUGACUGCUGGUUCGAAAGCGGGUCCAUGCCGUAUGCGCAGCAGCACUAUCCGUUCGAGAACAAGGCGAAGUUUGAAGCGACGUUUCCAGCUGACUUUGUGGCCGAGGGGCUUGACCAGACCCGGGGUUGGUUUUACACGCUCAUGGUGCUGUCGACGGCACUGUUUGACAAACCUGCCUUCAAGAACCUGAUCGUGAACGGUCUCGUGCUGGCUGAAGAUGGCCGCAAGAUGAGCAAAAGUCUCAAGAACUUUACCGACCCCGAGGAGAUCUUGCAAAAGUACGGGGCCGACGCGCUUCGGCUGUACUUGAUCAACUCCCCCGUCGUGCGUGCGGAGCCUCUCAAGUUCCAGGCUGCAGGUGUACUGGGGGUCGUCCGAGAGAUCUUUCUGCCGUGGUUCAACUCGGUGCGGUUUUUCGCUCAGCAGGCCACCCGCCUGCAGCUCGAGACGGGUGUCGUGUUCGUGCCCAGUCGCCAGGCAGCUCUAACGUCGACGAACGUGAUGGACCGUUGGAUCAUUGCUGCUCUGCACAACCUCAUCAAGUUUGUGCACGUGGAGAUGAAGGCAUAUCGCCUGUACACGGUCGUCCCGCGCCUUGUGAGCUUUAUCGGCCAGCUGACCAACUGGUACGUGCGUCUCAAUCGUCCGCGGCUCAAAGGCAGUGCUGGGAGUGAUGAAGCUGCUGUAGCGCUCUCGGCGCUGUACGGGGUCGAGUACAACCUCGUUAAGAUCAUGGCGCCCUUCACGCCGUUCUUCACCGAGUACAUGUACCAGUUCCUGCGUCAGUUCCACCCAAACGCUGUGGAUGGCGGCCGCACCGACUUGGCCGAAGACGCCGAUGGUGUGUCUGCCAGCGUCCACUUCCUCAUGCUCCCGGACUUUGACCCGAGUCGCGUGAACGAAGAAGUCGAAGUGCUGAUGCAGAACUUGCAGAGCGUCGUGGAGAUGGGCCGCGUCGUGCGGGAACGUCGUGGGAUCUCGCUCAAGACGCCAGUGAUGAAGGUCAUUGUCGUGUCGAGCGACCAGCAGACGCUCGACGGUCUGCGUCGGCUCGAGACGUACCUCCACGACGAGCUCAACAUGCGCGACCUCGAGUUCUCGACGGACGAGAAGCAGUGGUGUGUGCUGAAAGCCGAAGCCAACAGCCGCGCACUGGGUCGGCGCCUCGGCAAGGCCUUGUCCAGCGUGAAGACAGCCAUCGCGCAGCUCACGCACGACGACGUUGCUGCGUACGUGUCCAGCGGAAGCGUCACGAUCGAUGGCUACGAACUGACGGGCGACGACCUCGUGGUCAAGCGGGAAUUCAAGGGCGACGCCACCAUCUACGAAGCUGAUGUGUCGCCCCAGGGGAACCUCCUGGUGGUCAUUGAUACGCGAGAAGACGAGCAGCUCAAGAUGCAGGGCUGGGCGCGCGAGCUGGUCACCCGCGUGCAGAAGCUGCGGAAAAAAGCGGGCCUGGUCGUGCAGGACAAGAUCCACGUGUAUUUCGAGGAGAAGAACGGCGACGGCGACGACGACGGACCGAUCUCGAAGGCCAUCCAGGCGUCCGUGGCCAUGAUUGCCUCGACGCUGGGGACCGCUCCUGCCCCCGUGGCGCUGCAGCCGGCGCACAGUGUACCCAUCGUGUCGGAAGAAGCUCAGUUCGCCGACUCGAGCGUGAAGCUCAUUGUCGCUCGUCCGGCUGUGCUCUUUGCGUCGGCCGCUGUCCUGGCAAAGCACGAGGCGGCGAUGCCAGUGGACCAGUUGACGACGUACGUGGCGUCGAUGAAGUACGACGACGUCCAGACGGCGCUCGAGUCGAGUGACGCGGCAGUGACCGUCCGCACCGCUGGCGCCGAAGCGACACUACGAGCCAACGUCGACGUGUUUCUGGACGCGACAGCGCUGGCAAAGGCGGUGAACGAGCCAAAGCUGUCGUGGCUGGUCCUGUAA